GCCUAUUGCUUGGCGGCGUUGAUUGAGAGCACGGGGACCGGUGCCGGGACACGAGGAAGGGCUUGCUUCCUUCAUUCCUGAGCUCUGAGUUUACUUUAAACGGCAGACUAACUCCUACUCAGGCAGGCAAUACUGCGAGUGCGUCUGUGUGCGAUGCAUUGCGGAAAACGGGCGAGUGAAAUUGGACUGAAAUCGGACAAGAGGUUUUACGCUCAUCCAAACUGAAAUUGCGGCUCUCCCAAAGGUGCGGAAAAGAUCUAUCUUUUAAGAGCGAUCCCGUCCCAUGCUGUCUGCAGUAAGGAGCACCUGAGGGAAACAGGGGGAAGACAGUGAGAGAGGGGCAACGUUCAGCUGCCCCUGAUACCACUGCAUCAUGGGUAACUUCGCAAGUAAGGAGGGCCAGGUUCCUACCGGAGGGGCUCAUCUGGAUCUGUAUCAUUCCCUCCCCGCCUCUCCGCUCGCCGCGAAACUUCAGAGCGCGCCCCUGCCUCUGGCCCCCGCUCCCAAGAAGCCUGACGGCUUAAAGCUGGGGAGCACAAGGGGAUCGCACAAGGAGCGGCGCCCCCCCACCCGGAGCUCGUCUCUUACCGUGACCAUGAAGCAAGGCACCCAGACAGGAAGUGAUGUGGAUGCUGUCCUCAGCGCCCCUCCCUCCCUCGCCUCCUCCCCCCUCUCGGAGUCAGGCCGCCUGGACAAGGACGGCGGACAGAAGACGCCGUGGGCACCGGGGGACGGGAAGGGGGACGGACAGGAGGACAGGCGGGGGGACAUAUCGGCCCUGAGGAGGCUGCUGUUGGAGUGCAGGACCUCUCUGGAUUCGAGUCCUGAGGAUGACGACGAUGAGGACGGGACCCAGGGUGCUGCAGACCUGCUGAGAUGCGUCCUUCUGGAGAGAGGGGAGCUGGUGAAGGAGGUUCAGAGCCUAAAGGAGACCCUGGAGACGGAGCGUGCGGAGUGGCUGCAGUUCCAGUCGGACCUGCAGGUGGCAGUGUCAGUGGCGGACCGGCUGCACCUGGAGGCGCAGGAGGAGCUGGAGAAGCUGCGGGGGGACCAGGAGGAGAAGGAGCGACAGCUGGCCACCGCGCGGGAGAGGCAGCUGGAGGCCGAACGGGAGCUGGAGACCGCGAGGGCGGAGCUUGAGGAGACCCGCCGGAAAGUCGCCGCCCUCACGGUCGAACUCAGCGAGCCGCGGGGCGGGACACAGGCACGGACGGGCCAGGUGGCGGGGGGAGGGUCUGCGAUGGUGACGGACAGGAGCGAGAGGAAACAAGGGAGUGGCGGCGGGACAGAGAGCGGUUUGAGGGAGGGGCCUGUUGCUGAGCAACCGCAGGUGGAUGGGAAGGGGGUGUCGGAGGCCAGCCUUCAGAGCACAGCUCCUGAGGAAAAGAACAGAGGGGAGGGGAGGAACUCGCCCUCUGCAAUGAGAGCGGUGGAGCAGUCCAGGAGCCUCUCCAGACUCCCACUGCCCUCUUCUUCUACCUCUACCAUGAAUGGUAUCUCCCAGGCUACUACCACAACAUCGCAAGGUUCACUCAGCAAGAACUGGAACCCAACCAGGGGGAAGAGAGCAGACCCAGCCUUGGAAGGACAAGAGACUGGAUCCACUGAAAAACAGGAGGAGGUAGAACCUGCCAAUAAGCACGACGCCACAUCCACGGACGUACCCCACAAGGUCAGCAAGGCUCAGGACGGUUUCAGCUUGCUCCUGCGUCGCCAUGGCGGCUCGAAGAGAAACUCCCUCCUGCGCUGGUGUCAGAGUCGCACGCAGGGUUACAAGAACAUUGAUAUCACCAACUUCAGCAGCAGCUGGUCUGACGGGUUGGCCUUUUGUGCAGUGUACCACACAUACCUCCCCUCCCUCAUCCCUUACUCCAGUCUAUGCCCUGCAGACAGGAGAGAGAACCUGAGCCUGGCGUUCCGCACGGGGGAGAGCGUGGGGAUCACGGCCUCGCUGACAGUGGACGAGGUGUUGAGAAGGGGAGGUCCUGACUGGCAGAAGGUUCUGGGAUACGUGGAGAGCAUCUACCGCCAUUUUGAGAUGUAAUUUUCUCCAUUGCUCCGUGCCCACAACGAAGGUUCCUCUGAGCUGAUUUGUCCCCAGGGUUGGGACACUGAAGGAUUGACUACUGGCCAUUUGAGGGAUGAAACACAGACUGACCACUAGUGGGCAGUGCAGGGUGUUCAUUUGGACUCUGAUGACUAGAGCCCCCUUUCACUGGCCUGGAGGUGGAAGUACGGAUUCUACUACCGUGAGUGGCAGGUGGCCAUUAGCAUCGCUGUACGGUAAUCUCACUCGGCUGUAAUAUUCCCAGAAGGAUCCGGAAGAAUGGACAGCCGCGAUGCCUGUGCACACUGACGGCAUUCUUUCCCAAAGCUUCUCAUAGAAGAAUUUCAUGUAUGCAAGCAACGUCCUGUGGACAAUGAGUGGGAUUUCAUCAGCCAUUAGUGCUGGUUGCCAAUGACAACUUAUUUAAUGAAUCACUAGCAAACUGUUGAUGGACACCACUGAAAGAAAUUCUAUAUUUGGACAUUUUAUUACAUGAGUUAUUUCUGAGGGGAAAAUGAGCCACGUCCUGUUUUGCACAUUGACCACUGCUGUCAUCUCGAAGGGUAUAAUGGCUGUUUCUGAUCUUUGACUCUGAUCAAUAGCCAGCUUGCUCUGUUACUGUUAUUCAUCACUGUUGCCCUCAUACACAGUGUUCCUUAAAGACUUCAGAUAGCCUUAUAUUUAUGAAUACAUAAUUAUUAAUAACUGCAUUGCACAUGAUUUAAAACAGUUAAUUGAUAGCUGGUGUUAUUAGUUGUUUGUAGAAUAAAUAAGUCCAGGAUGGCCAGAUUGUGUUAAGUCUACAAAGGAGUAUUCUGUAUUAUAUUUUAUUGGGCACAGCAACAGAGCAUGUUUAUAAACCUCUCAAUCUGGAAACCAUUGCUUCACUAUAAAUGUCACGUUUACUAACAUUUGUUCAUGUUUAAAUUCAAACCAAAAUGCAAUGCUGUUAUUUUAUUAAACGUUGAUAACUACGCUGUAAUGAAGUGCAGUUUUAUUCAUUACCAGUACUAUUGGUCAACUGUACACUGUACUGUAACUGUACGCUGUACUCUAUUUUUCCUUCCUAAAGUCAAGCUAAGCACAAGAUAAGUCUGGAGUUUAUGGUUGUUUUUUCCCCUUUCUAAGAAGUCAUUGUUAUUUUUUUAAUUAUUAUUAAUUCAAGAGAAUAUCACUUGCCAGUCAUUAUGAGCAUGAUGUCACAAUGUUAGAGUGAUGUCAUAAAGACGCCUGACCUUUCACCUUGGCUUUAUUCUUUUGGCCUGCCCAGUUCUGACCUGCUUUUAAGUUGUAAACAUAGCAAUGUUUUCAAUGAUAUAGUGUAGAAAAUGUGCACAUUCUCGCUUAC